UAAAAGGACACUGUCCCUCUUCAUUAUCUACAGAUUAAUUACUUCUAAAUUUAAAAGAAGUAUAGAAGGAAGGCCAAAUUCAGGCAGUCAACAAUGAAUCGUCUCUCUUGUUUUCUACUCGUUAUUGGAUUGUGUGUAGGAUUGAGUAACGCAGAUUUCAAAUGGAAUGAGAAAAACUCUGUAUACUUCAAGAGUUCCCUUGGUCGAAACAAUGUCUUGAAGAUUCAUUGCACAUCAAACGACGACAAUCUAGGCUUCCAUUUUUUGCGCCCUGGACAAACCUAUGAUUUUAGUUUCCAUGAUAGUGUUGUGAGAUCAGAAUUUUUUUGUGAUUUAUGGCAAGGGCCUAAUUUCAAGUUUCAUGCAUCGUUUAUGGCAUAUGAAGGUAGUGGUCUCAUAGUUCAUUAUGGUAAAAAGAACUUUUGGGAUGCUAGAGAAGAUGGAAUCUAUUUCACUCAUGGCAAAGAAAUGCCCAAGUUAGAGUAUAAGUGGAAAUAAUAAUUAACCACUCAAUGGAUGAUGGAAUCUAGAUAAUCUUUGUUUUACUUUUAACAAAAACUUAUUGUUCUUGUGUAUUAUUGUGGAAGGAAAAACCUUUGAAAUAAAAUUAUCGAAAGUAAUGUGAAUUUUUCACUACGAAAACUUUCAAGACUUAUGUCCUCACCUAAACUAAUAUUUGUACUUACAUGAUUAAUGAAUAAUGUAAAUUAAAUAUCUCCAAACACCGAAUUGAGAAAAGAUACGAAUUUUAUUGAGGUAACGAUAAUAUAAACGAAUUAUAGCAACAUUAAUUAAAGAUAUAAUUUAAAUAAUAUAAAUCAUGAAGGCAUGAUAUGAUAUAUUUUUCCUUAAUUCAAUAAAUCGGGCGUAAGUUCUUUCGGACAACAAAAAUUUAUAAAUCUCAUGAUACAACAGAUCACGAACUAAUACCCGAGCACACGAGUAAUAGACUCAAGCAAACUUGAUCUACGAUAUACUUUUGAAUUAAACUAAAGAACUUACUCUUGGACAAAGCUAGA